UUCAGAAGGUUUUGCAUUCAACACAGGCAAGGCGAUUUUCUCUUCCUUCCUUGAAUUAUUAUGUUUUGCUAGUUGUACUGUACCGUGUAUAUUUAUUAGUGUAGUGCGGUUUUUUGAAUGACUUGCAAUGCCGGUUAUUUCCUUUUUUGUGGGUGGCAGUGUAGCUGCUGGUUUAUAUGCACUGGGUUUUUUGGCAAAGCAGGGCUUCCGUCCAUCCUCGACGGUUUAACAAAGUACCUUGUACUGUAACGUUACAUGUGCAUUUGAGCACGGUUUUUAAAAACACAGACGUAUCUUUGCUACACGGAGCCAGACAUGUCGGACGCCCUGAAGAAGCGGAAGCCGAAGGUUCUCCGCACUGAAGGAGGAACACCGGAGACGAAGCGAAGUCGCGGAGAGGGAGAUCAGCAGGAUGUGCGUGUGUACAGUGAGGAGGUGGAGCUGGAUGCCAGGGACCCUGAGCAGGACUUCCUGCAGUACAAAGAGUCAUGUGAGAGUUUGGCCACACUCAUGAGUGAGAUUCAGGAGCUGAAAGCCAAUGGAGCCAAAGACGGGUGUGCUGAGGUGGAGCAGAGACGUAUGCAGAGCUGCAUCCACUUCAUGAAUCUGAAAAAACUCAAUCGUCUGGCUCAUAUGCGACUGAAGAGAGGCAGAGACCAGACGCACGAGGCAAAGCAGAGAGUGGAUGUGCUGCACCUUCAGUUACAGAACCUGCUGUAUGAAGUGAUGCAUCUUCAGAAGGAGAUCAGCAAGUGUCUGGAGUUCAAGUCUAAGCAUGAGGAAAUAGACUUGGUGCCUGAGGAGGAGUUUUACCAGGAGGCGCCACAGGACAUUUCCAGGCCUCAGCUCACGAAGAAUGAUCCUCACCAGCUCACACUGGCACGGCUGGACUGGGAGCUCGAACAGCGGAAGAGGCUGGCAGAGAAAUACAAGGAGUCACAGACCACAAGGGAGAAGAUCCAGAAGAGCAUCGAGGUGAAGAAGGAACAUCUGACAAGCCUGCAGCCAGGACUCAAUGCCAUCAUGCAGGCCUCUAUCCCAGUGCAGGAGUACCUGUCCAUGCCUUUUGAACAGGCUCAGAUUCAGACAGAGGUUGCCCGCCACCUGCCUCCACCUCUCUAUGUCCUGUUUGUUCAAGCCAAUGCCUACGGCCAGGCCUGUGACAAGAACCUGUGUGUCUCAAUAAGUGGUGAUGUGGAUGAGGCCAAGGCUCUGUCGAAACCUCCAGAAGAUUCCCAGGAUGAUGAGAGUGACUCAGAUGCAGAGGAGGAGCAGGAGAAAACGAAGAGAAGAAGGCCAACUACAGGUGGCCAGCUGGAUGACAAACGACGGGAGAUGCUGAAAAGGCACCCUCUGUCCCUCUGCUUAGACCUCAAGUGUAAAGAUGGCAGCAUCCUCCAUCUCCACUUCUACUACCUGAUGAAUCUGAACAUUAUGACAGUCAAGACCAAGGUCUCCACCUCCACAGACCUCAACACAGCCAUCAGUGCAGGGGACCUGCUGAAAUCAGACACUCUACUCAGCUGUCUCUACACCAGCGACCAGGGACGAGAAACACCCAAUCCAGCUAACCGCUACCAGUUUGAUAAAGUCGGGAUUGUUUGCUUUGCUGAUUAUGUGGAGGAUCUGGGCCAUCCCUACAUGUGGGUUCAGAGUCUAGGAGGACUCCAUUUUCCCAAAGAUCCUUCCGAGGGCGUGCGUGUCGGCAGUUCUCUGUGUGCCAGCCACAUGGAGACCACCAUGAAGCUGCUGAGGGGACGACUCCUGUCCCGCUUGGCUUUGCACAAACAGUUUGCCUCUCUAGAGCACAGCAUCAUCCCGGUCUCCAGCGAGUGUCAGCAACUCUUUCCUGCCAAGAUCAUCUCGCGUUUAGCUCGCUGGACCCAGUCCACUCACCAGGACUACAUGGAUCUGCCAUAUACUCGUCAUGUGACUGAUGCUGGGCUGGCAACGGAGACCGACCUGUACUUCAUGUCCGUGUUGGAAAGGGGCACAGCUCACCUCCAGGCCGCUGUGGUGCUGAGUCCCCGUUACCCAGAAGUCUCUCCUCUUUUCUCCCUCUCCCUCAGCUGGAAGGGAGAGCGGAGUGGACGCACCGACGACAACCUUCGAGCCAUGGAGAGCGAGGUCAACGUGUUCAAAAAUGAACUGCAGGGGCCACGACCAGGACACCAGCUCCUGACCAAUCAGUUUUCACGCCUGUGUGUCUGCCUGGAUGUCUAUUUGGAGACUGAAGGACAAGAUGACAGCGUGGAGGGACCACGAGAGUUUCCCAGAGAAAAGAUGUGUCUGCGCACCGUCAGGGGUCCAAAUCGUCUGAAGCCAUUCAAGUACAACCACCCUCAGGGCUUCUUCAGUCACCGCUAGAAUUGUGAUUCUCUCUGCUGUACUGCACAACUGUAACUUCUCCAGCUUAUCUUUGUGGCUCUUUGACGCGCAAAGUAUUCCUUUUUAAAAGUCUUUUUACCUGUUUGAAAAUAAAAAAACGACAUGUUAUUUUCUUGAA